AAAAGAAUAAAAAUCUCCAAAAUACCAUUUUUUGACAACCCAAAAUAUCAUUUAUUAAUCACUAAAACAUUAAAUUACCCUACAUCUUAAAACCAGUAACCACAAUUCCGCCUCUUAAUUAUUAAACUCUAAAUUCUAAUCACUAAAUUAUAAACUUAAAUAUAUAAAUGCUCCAUAUGUUUCAUUUUAAUUGUCGUUUUGGGUUUGUGCAUACAAAUUAAAGAAACAAUUAAUUUUGUAUAUUUCCUAUAUAAAAACACAACUACCUAUACACCUAACCAUAAUUCAACCAAUUGAAAAAUAAAUUGUUGAAUAAAAUUAAUAAAAUUUUGCAUUGAAAGUCGAAAACGACACUUAUUUUGUAACAAAAAAAAUUCUCUACAACGACACUUAAUAUGAAAUGGAGGGAGUAUGUUUUUUUUUUACAUUUUAAUUAAUGCUAUUUUUUUUGUCUAAUAUAUGCUAUUUUUUGAACAAAAAUUUGAUAUAAUGCUAUUUGUAUGUAAAUUUAUAUGCGUUUGGAAGGAGUAUAUUUAUUUUACCAUUAAACCAACUUUAGUAUUUUCACACAAUUUGAAUUAUAAACUUUGUCCCAAAAAUGCUAAACGUACUGGUAUAUUCUAGAGCUAAAAGAGUACGAAUAUAAUACAAGUAAUUAUCGUUCCCUCUAUAUAUAGGUUCAUUCGAUUUGUAUUGUUUUCAAUGGCAUAUACGUCAACGAUGAUCUAACCAUCAGCAAAACCAAAAGUUCAUGAAAUAAAUGUGACUAAUACUAAACACUAUACAUAUAUUGCUUCUUAAUUAUAUAAUAAACUAAUCUAACAGUGUCUCAUUUACAUCAAUUCAAAGUCUAGAAAUGAAUAGACACACGACAACAUUAGUCGUACUUUCACUACUUCUCGUGGUCUCCGAUCAUACAAGGCUAAUGAUUCGAGUUCACUCGUACGUACCGUUUUGUGCAUACACAUAUGAUUAUUUCUCUUACUGUCUUGAAUUUCUCACGGGCAAUUAUUACAAACCCGGUAAGAAAUGUUGUGUCCAUAUCGCAAAACUUAACAUAAUUGCCAAGCACAAAAAAGAGAAUCCGAGACUUCUGUGUAAUUGUGUUGAGAUGAUGACGAGAGGUUAUACGCCUCCGAUGUUGGCUGAUAAGAUCCAAGAGCUUCCUCCUCUUUGCAACACACAUCUCAGCUUCCCUAUCUCCUCUAGCAUGGACUGUUCCACGUAA